GGCUGGGCACAUCACGCCCACCCCUCGGCAUGGAGAGCCAGCGGCUCUCCUCCUACGGCCGCCGCUUCGGCCCCGCCGCCCCGCUGUACCGGGUGCUCCCCGCCAGCCCCCCGGCCCGGCUCCGGGUCCCCCGCAGCAUCCUGCUGGGUCCCCGCGCGGGCUCGGGCAGGAUGGACUUCUCGCUGGCUGCGACGCUCAACUCGGAGUUCAGGGAGACGCGCACCAACGAGAAGGUGGAGAUGAUGGAGCUCAAUGAUCGCUUUGCCAGCUACAUCGAGAAGGUGCGGCUGCUGGAGCAGCAGAACAAGGUGCUGGUGGUGGAGCUGAACCGGUCGCGGGACCAGGAGCCCUCGCGUCUGGCCGACAUCUACCAGGAGGAGCUGCGGGAGCUGCGGCUGCGUCUGGAGCAGUUGGGCACUGCCAAGGCGCGGCUGGAGAUUGAGAGGGACAACCUGGCAGAGGACCUUGGUGGCCUCCAACAAAAGCUGCAGGAGGAGGUGACGCGGCGGCUGGAGGCCGAAGGCAGCCUGGCUGCCUGCAGGCAGGACGUGGACGCCGCCGCCUUGUCCCGCCUGGACCUGGAGCGGCGGGUGAGGACUCUGCAGGACGAGAUCGCCUUCCUGCACAAGGCCCACGAGGAGGAGCUGCGGGAGCUGCAGGAGCAGCUGGCGCGGCAGCAGGUGCACGUGGACGUGGACACCAGCAAACCCGACCUGACGGCCGCCCUGCGCGACAUCCGCAGCCGCUACGAGGCCAUGGCCACCAGCAACGCCCAGGAGACCGAGCAGUGGUACAAGUCCAAGUUCGCAGACCUGACGGACGCGGCCGCCCGGCACGCAGAGGCCCUGCGCGCAGCCAAGCAGGAGGCCAGCGAGUACCGGCGGCAGCUCCAGGCCCUCACCUGCGACCUGGAGAGCCUGCGGGCUUCGAACGAGUCGCUGGAGCGGCAGCUGCGGGAGCUGGAGGAGCGCUACGCGCUGGAGACGGCCGGCUACCAGGACACGGUGCUGCGGCUGGAGGAGGACAUCCGCGGGCUGAAGGAGGAGAUGGCCCGGCACCUGCGCGACUACCAGGACCUGCUCAACGUCAAGCUGGCCCUCGACAUGGAGAUCACCACCUACCGCAAGCUGCUGGAGGGCGAGGAGAGCAGGAUCACCAUCCCUGUGCAGAGCUUCUCCAACCUGCAGAUCCGAGAGACCAGCCUGGACACUAAGUCCGUGUCAGAAGCCCAUGUGAAGAGGAGCAUCGUGGUCAAAACCGUGGAGACCAGGGAUGGAGAGGUGAUCAAGGAGUCCAAGCAGGAGCAGAAGGAGCUGCCAUAGGGUGGCCGAGCCGCAGCGCCGCACGCUUGUAGCCGCAGCUCCGUAGGUCCCGUCCAACGCCGCACAGGAGCCCCCCGGCUGGGCACGGUGCUUGGGGGGAUCUCCUGCCCACCCGUCACUUCUCCCACGUCACCCCGAGCUCUGGGCACUGUGGGCGCCCUGCUUGGGGCUGGCAGAGCCCUGUCCCCUGCCCCGAUGCUGCCUGUCCCCACGGCACCCCAGAUCUCCGGCUCACCAGUGGGAGAGAGUCCAUCCUGGUUCAAUGCCCGUGCACCAUCUGGACAAGAUGACGGUGCCAAGAGCAUCUCUGCCCGCAUCCCACCUCACUGCCCACCCUCUGGUCCCUGAAUGUCCCCAGUGCACCCAGGCCCUGAGCACCCAUGUGUGGGCGGCUGCAGGGUACUGGCUGGUGAGGGACGUGUCCCUGUCACCGAGCGCUGGGUGGGCUCAGCCAAGAGGCACAGGGAGGAUGGAGAGGCAGGGUGGUGUCAGGAUGUGCCAAAGGUGACAAAAUGGGAUAACGAGGGGCCAUGGGGACACUGGGGUGUUGGGGGGGGUGUGUGGGGUGGGAGCAGAGGGGGGCACAGCAGGCUGGGCGGCCUCAAGGGCUUCUCCUGGCACAGAGGUGCUCACGGUGAGGGGACACACAGCCAUGGGCCGGACCCCUUGCCUGGGGGGUCCCACGCAGGUGAAGAUGGAGAGGAGGAGAGUGCGGAGGAGGAGGAGGGUGCUGGGGAACCCGCGGGUGCUCUCACGGCUGACGGUGCCUCCUGUGACCCAGGAGUGACAGGGAGGACCGACGGGACCAUCCCGGUCCUGCCUGAGCCCCCAGGCUCACAGCAGCAGCCGCGGGGACAGGGACCAGGGCUGCCCCGUCACAAUCCACGCACGGAGCCCAAGCUCCCCCUUGGGCAUGUGGGAUGGGGUCAGAAGAAAUCCCUUGUCCCUGGGCUACAUGUAGCCCUGUCCCCUCAUUUGUCCCCCAGACCAGCACAUGCCACCACCCACCCAGCACCACCGCCCAGCCGGGGGUCCCCACAGCCCCGUCCCCACCUUCCAUUUAGCUACUGACCAUGAGCGAAACCUGCCCUGACACCCCAAAACAUAGCAGCAACCACCCAGCAGCUUCUCAUACCCUGUAAACCCUUUGGGGUGAGCACACGGGUGCCACUCGGAUGUCACUGCCCUUGUCACCCCUUGUCCCCCAGCUCAGGCGCUUUGCUGACCCCAGAAGGGCUGUGUCUGGGGCGGGAGACGCGGGUGCUGCCCAGGUUUGGCACCCAGAGCUCCGGGGGGCCCAGUUCCCCACCAGCAGCCCCUGGCUGGGGCUUUGCAGCCCACAGCUGCUCAAUUAACGCACUAACGCCUGCGGCAGCCCGAGAUGAGAAAUAAAGCUAACGCAAGCGCUGUGCUCCCGCGA